UUAGAACCAAUGAAGACAAAACGGCGACGUUUUCGUCAUUUAAAAAAAAAAUUUGAGUCGAGACUAUCGGCAUCGUUGUAUUGUAUCCUAACAGACUCUCACUCUCUCUCUCUCGCCGCCCUCCGCCGCCGCGCCCCUUCGGUCAGAAGAAGCCCCGGCAGUCUCGUCUCCGCCGUUUGGUCUUUUUCUCACUCUCUCUAUUGGAAAACCAAAAGAUGAAGAUUGUUUCAAUAGCAAUUAGGUCAUUCAAAGGAAAUUUGCAACAUAGGGUUCAUCACACUCCUUUGCUCAGAAACCUUUCUACCUGGACAUUUCCAGGAAAUGGAGCUGCUAAUCAGCAGGUUAACAAGUCAGAGUCUCCCGAGGAAUUUGAGCAGCGAAUAUUUAGUCCUGGGGGAAAUUCCAAAACAGAUGCCAUUUUAGAUAGGCUGAAUCGAGCAAGGGGUCGAGAUAGAUCUGGUGGAAGUUCCCAGCUGUUGGAUGAUCUGGACCAAACUUUUGAUACAUUAUCUGAUGGAAUGGAUGGGAAACUGAAUAAUGCUGCCAGAUACUUUGAAUUUGAUCCUGAAGAAAUCGAUAAAGAUGAUUAUUCUUAUCGAUAUGAUACCACUUUUCACGAGGGAUCAACAUAUAGUACAAAGGAUCUUGAUCUUACAAAACCUGCUGCACGAAAACCCGCCAUAAGGAGCGAAUUCGUAGUAUCCACUAAAGAAGUUCUUAGUCAAGCAGAUUUCAGGAAUGUAAGAUUCUUGGCAAACUUCAUAACAGAAGCUGGAAUUCUUAUCAAGAGAAGCAAGACUGGCAUCAGUGCAAAGGCUCAAAGGAAGGUUGCCAGGGAGAUAAAAACUGCCAGAGCAUUUGGCUUAAUGCCCUUUACAACAAUGGGUACAAAGUCAUUUAUUUACGGGAGAACUAUGGAGAAUCUUGAUGACGACUUUUCGUACAGGAGUGAAACUAGAAACAUGCCUAGUGAAAUUGAUAUUGAAGACCAUGUUUAAGACAGUGGUGUUGGAUUAGCUUGCAUACUCUUUUUUUUUUUGUUUCUCUACCUAGAUUAAGAGGACGAUUGAAAUUUAUUAAAUAAGUUAUUAUGCUGGUAUACAUUGAUUACUAUAGUGCCUAUGUAGUUCUUCUAUAAAUUCUAAAGUCUUGAGCAUUAUUUACUUGAAUCUGAAUAUUACAAUGAUUGAUACUCUUGUUAAAAAGUAGGAACUUUGGGGUCUAAUAAAGCUUAUUAUUGAAGCUUCAUGAACUAAA